AUUCAUAAGAGCGAAUUCGAGCGUAUCGCGUUUGAGAAAUUAAACCUUAGUGACAUGUGAAUUGAGCCCAAAAGCAAAUUGUGCUCUCACUUUUGUGGGAUCAUGUUUUGCUGAUAGAGAUAUUCUGUUGGCUCUCAUUUUACUGAAUUUUACCAUUUAAGAUGAAGUCACAAGUCAAAGCAGUUACACUGAAUUGCUGGGGCGUACCUGUCGUGGCACGUGACAGGAAGGCUCGAAUGGAGGCAAUCGCAGAGUGGCUGUCCUCCGCGGACUACGACUUUGUCUUCUUGGAGGAAGUUUGGCUCAAGUCUGACUAUGCACUCAUCAGAGAUAAAACAGAGAAGACAUACCCAUUUGCUCACUAUUUUUACAGCGGAGUCAUCGGCUCGGGCACGUGCGUGCUGUCUCGCCACCCGCUCUCCACCAGCCUCUACCACCGCAGUCCGGUGAACGGGUUCGCACACAUGGUCCACCACGGCGACUGGUUCGGCGGAAAAGGAGUCGGCUUAUGUCAGGCGCACUGUCGAGGACUCGUCAUCAACCUGUAUAUCACACAUCUGCACGCCAACUACAACAAGGCGCGGGACGUGUACAGCUGCCACCGUCUGGUGCAGAGUUUCGACUGCGCCCAGUUCGUGCGCAUGACCUCGGCCGGCGCCGACCUGAUCCUGUUCGCCGGCGACUUCAACUCGAACCCUGACGAGCUGCCUUACAAGGUCAUCACUCACUGCGCCGGCCUCAAGGACGCCUACUAUCUAGACAGCGAGACCACCAAGGAGCCACCCGAGGAGGCCACGUGCGAGGCGCCCAAGAACAGCUACACGUCGCGCCACUCAGCGCUGGAGCACGGCGAGCGGAUCGACUUCAUCUUCGUGGGGACGCGCGGCCCGACUCGGCUGGAGGACGUCAGCUACUGCCAGCCGCUGCCGGAGCUGGUGGCCGGCUGUCAGCACGGCUACUCGGACCACGAGGCGGUGGCCGUCUCCCUGAGACUGGUCACAGACUCGGGCGAGGGUGAAAAGUGGGUGUUUCAUCCGUGCGAUUACCGAGACAGCGUGCUGCGAGAGUCCCUGGUCGAGUGUGAGACCUACCUCAAAUCGCUGCACAUUGAUCAGAUAUUCCACGUGGUGGUCUCUGUGCUUCUUCUGGCCGUCCUGGUGGCCACCCUCGGCUGGCCGGUACUGCACGGAUGGGGACAGGGUCUGCUGCGUCUGCUCGUCUCGCUGCUGUUCGGGUACACCCUGUUCAUGGCCACCGUUUGGAACCGGAUCGAACGCGCCGGCAUUGUCGCAGGUAUGUGUGACCUGCGCGUGGCGCUCCACCGGAGCUCCGACUCAUCCCCUACCACCCCCCUGCCGCCGGACGACAACCGAAAACUCUCCGUUAGCGGCGAGCUGCCCGGCGUGUGUCUGGAACAGCCGCGUCGCAGUCUGACGGGCGAGAGCGCCGCCCCGGAGAGGUCGGCCGCCAACGGCGACCUCUAGCCGGCGGCGCCCCGGCGGCGCCCGGUAGGUGACACUCGGGGACCUCUGGUAUCGAAACGGUGACAUAUGGGGGGCACUCGUCAUCCUGUGAGUGACACCAGGGAACGUGGCAACAUUUAGCUGAGCUUUGGACGACCUACGGCUACUUCUCACUUAUUCCAGUUGAUCUAGCUAAUUGCGUUGACCUUUGUUGGACCCCAGGUGAGAUGUUAACCCCGGGUGACCUCUGACCGACCCUGGAUGACCUCUGACGGACCUUGGGCGACCUCUGACCUCCGGUCGCUAUCGGUGGAGCUGACAAAAGUCCGGAUGUUUUUGCAAAAUAAUAUCAGCAGAAGUGGUAAAAAAUGUAGGGAGGCCGGUGCGCAGAGGAUAGCACGCUGUGUGGCCGCUGGGAAACGUGAUCUGAACUGUGAUGAGUAUUUUGGUGAUUCCGCUUCUGGGGGGUGAAGGGGCCACUAGGGAUUAUCGGAAAUGUGUAUCGUUUGGUGUAUAUCUGCCCUCUGAUAUUUGGGAUAUUUGGGACCCGCCUGACUUACUUCAUUUAGGUGGUAGCAUUCUAUACCCGUUAUCAGCUUGAUCAGUUCGAUGUAUAUUGAUAGCUUGAAUCCCACAAUGUCUUACAAUCAAAGAUGACGUUGCGACCAAAUACGGUUGGUUGUGGGAGGGUUUACAGUGAGUGCAUGCGUGCGAUAAAGCCACAUGCUGCGUAUCACUUAUUCCAGCUGUUUGUAUACACCAGUAGCUCCAAUUGUCAGCGCCAGUAACUCCCAUUGUUGGCGAGUUUACAGUCGAAAUAUGCCUGUAGAAUCGCAGAUGACAAUACUUAAGGAAGAGCAAGCCUAACACGUUCCUGCAUUCUUAGAAUUGAUUUAUUGAUAUGACCUUUUGUCGUUUUUUUUUUCUUUUGAUGACUUACAAAAACAGCAUUCAGGUUUUCGUAAACAAUGUUUAUACGCUUAAUUUCUUUCGGAGCCGUGUGCUCUGCAAUAUCCACUGAGUGAGUUUGGCUUCUUUCCCUCCGCGUUUUGCUUUUUUUCUCGUUUCUCACUGAAAUCAGAAUACCUACUUACAUUGACAUUGGUGAAAAUCAAUUUUGUUUUCUUCGUUCAUUUUCAACAAACAUUUGCCAUACCUCGGUGCAUUACUGAUGCGGCUCGCUGUGCAGUGCUGUCUAUUUUGAAUAGCAAUUAACCAUAGAAAUGAGUUAGGUAACUAACAAAGCAUGUUUCUUGAUGUUCUUUUCAGCUAGUGAGCAUUGCAUGCUUAUUGUAGGGUUUGUUAUGACAUAUAGCUAUGCAUAGGGACCAGAAAGGAUCAAAUAUCUGGGAACAUAUAUGUAUGAUAAUGUCCGGUAUUAUUUAAUUUGCGGUCCGGCCUUGCCGCAAUCUAUUUAUUCCAGUGUUUAUGUUGGCUGCAUUAUAUUAGAUGUGAAAGUGUUGUUUGGGUAUCGUUAUCCUUGUGUGCUGUCAUUAAAUGUAUGCCAUAUUUCAAAGGUUCAACUGGUGUUCAGAAUAAAGCCAUUUUGUUGGGUUAUUGCGUGACAGAUAUCACGUCAUCAUAGCAAUCGAACGAUAUAUAAGGCCUGCAAUAGGUAUGGGAAGGCUUAGUGACUUUUGUGACAUGGUUCCGUCACAAUGGUAGGCUGCGUUACGCGUCGUGACGUGGCCUCUAUCGCCAGUUUGCUUAUUGAGGGUGUGAGGCUCUGGACCUGGUGUCUGAUGUAGAUGAGAUAUCAAUGCUGCGCGUUUGACGAUAUAUUUGCAUUUUGUGAUUAUUUGCCACCACAAAAUCCCACGUUACGAUAUACUAGAUUUUGAUUAAAUGGAUGGUGUUGAUUUUUGUAGGUACGAUGAAUCUGAGGAUUGCUCUGCAAGCUAAAUCAAACUAACUUGCAGCAUGUGAUUUGCUCGUCUAUGAUCAUUGAAAAAUACAUUUGCAUAUUGAUC